CACCUUUUAUUUUACCUAGAGCGAUGCCACCUUUCUCUAAAAGCUACCGAACGAAACAUUACCUUCCAUUGAAGCUCAAAAGUAACGGUGAAACGCGGUCUAUGUAACUUUUUGUCGUGUUUUGAGUCUCUGAAAUACUUUUGUGUUUUUCUGUGAAUUUUAUUUAAAUCUCUACCAUGGAGCAAACCCGAGUUGUGGUGCUUUUAAGCAACACCAAUUCCCCUCAAGAAUCGGAUAAACCGGCGGGGGAAACUUUCUCGGAGUCACCUGUGCCAAGACGGGGACAGCAGGAGCAGCCGCCGGCGGCUGACACCUUCCAAUAUGGCGGGCAGGUGAGCGUUCUGGACGAUCGCACUCUCAGGCUGCUCUACUGCCAGAAUGCGUCUAAACCUCACCUGCUCCUGGCCCAGAAGUUCCGCUUUGAUGUGUUGACCACCCAAGAGUGCGGCGAUGAGAUUCCCGCCUUGCUGCACUGCCUUUUCGUGGAGCGGCGUGACGGCUUUGCCAUGCAUCUGCGGGUAAAGCGCGAGUGCCAUCUGAUGUUCCUGCUGGAUACUCUAGUCAUCCAGGUGAAUGCGAAGCUGCAGCGCGAGGAACUACAUCUGGAGCGCGGCAUAGUUCGAUUCCGCAAGCUGCUGGAGGAGGAUCAGCGGGGCAGCACGGGUAACAGCAUGCAGACCCAGAGCGCCUUCUGCGACACCCAAGGCCUGAUGCUCUGGCUGCUCAAUCAGUACCGCCUGCGAGCAGAUCUCAGCACUGGAGUCGGCCACGAUGCCCUGGAGGUGGAGUAUUUGGUGGCGCACAAGGAGAGGGGCAUCCAGUUCAGUGUUCGUCUCUUCGUGCUGCUGGUGGCCUUCGAGGAGCUGAGUGUGAGCUCGCUGUGCGGACUGCGUUGCUAUUUCAGCGACGAUCUGAUCACCUCUACCCUGGUGGGCACCGAACUCAUAUCCUUCAUGCAGUACGCCACCAAUCAAAGCCGCAGCAAGCCUUUGUACAUGCUCAUUAUGUUCCAUGUGCUGGCCAGUGGCUCCCAGGUGGAUGCCAGGAAUGCACAGCUGCUAGUCCUGGCCCACCUGGCCAGUCAGCAGCAUUCUCCUCAGCUGGAUACCAUGUCAUCUAGCACUUCCUUUGCCCAGCUUAAUCAGCUUGAGAACUGCCAGAAGGAGAUCAGCGAUCGCUUCAAGCAGGUUCACGCCUCUCUGAUGCAGUACGUCCAGCAGGCGGAGCAGCUGAAGCACUAUCGUCAACGCUUUGACGAGCAACUGGCCCAGUUCGAGGAGCUGCUCAAGCAGAUAGCCAACACUGAGUUUGGUCACAUGCUGCAGGCCUCGCAGGUCAAUCUGCAGAAGCUAAACAAUCUGAUGGAAAAGAAUAUUUAAAUUAUGUGUAAUGUCCAUUUGCUUUUAUGUCUAAUAUAAACCAAUGUCUUUAUUAAAAUGUCCCAACUCUUACUAUUAUUAAAA